UGUCUUUAUCUUCUUCUUUAUUUUUGUUCUCUUUCUCUUCUUGGGUCCGCAUUAACCAAUGCAUCAGUGACCAUUUAAUUUUCUCUUUUUUUUUUCUUUAUUCUCUUUUUAAUCUUUAAAAAAUCUGCGUUAUGGAGUUCGACACGCCUGUGCCUCACAAGGCUGCCAGCAUUACCAGCAUUACUAGUAACAGUAGCUGGGACAACCCACCGUCUCUAUACUCUGGCCGUGAUUCGGUCUCGAGUCUCUAUGACGCUGACGAGUCGCCAUGUCUUCAGGAACCAGGUUCAUUUGAAGAGUUCCAUUUCAGUCUGGGGCUCGAUCCUGCCCUGUCGAUUCCAGUUCCAUUUGAAGCCGAGGCGUACAUGCCACUUCCCCAAGACUUUGGCGAAGAUGUCCUUUUGGAUGAACAUGAUAAGAAGACCUUUGGUGAAUUCCUCAAUGGUUUCUUUAUCGAAGAAGACUUGGAUAAUGACCCCUUUAGUCUGGCAAAGACUACCAAGGCCUUCAUGGACAACGCGUGCUCCCAAGUCACUCAAAUGCAGCGGAAUCCCUCACCUGACAAGCCUGCAGAAGACGACAGCAUCCGAAAACGUCCCCAUGACCGGUCCUCCCCCUCGCCCUCCCCCUCUCCAUCCUUGUCGAAGCGUACCAAGCCCAACCGAGACCUGUUGACCGAAGAUGAGAAGCGAGCAAACCACAUUGCGUCUGAACAGAAACGUCGGAAUACCAUUCGAAGCGGCUUCAAAGACCUCACAGACAUCAUUCCUACCCUCAAAAACAUCAACAACUCCAAGAGCACUGUUCUCUUCAAGGCUGUCGAUUAUAUCCGCCAUCUCGAGAAACGCAACAGGGGACUCAAGGACCGUCUCGCCGCCUUGCAGAUGCGUGCAGAGGUCAAGGGACGUGUGUCGAAUCUGAUGAACAAGCAUCAAAACCAUAAUCAUCACCAGCAUAACAACAAUAGUAGUAAUCAUAAUCAUCAUCAUCACCACCACCACCACCAUAACCAACAGCAACAACAACAACAGCAUAAUCAUCAUCAACAGCAACAAUCAUCACAUCAUUUCACUCGUCCUACCGCAUUCACUACCCUCCCACGUCGAUUAAGUGAUGCGAUACCUAGCAAUCUGCCUCCUGAGGCUGUUGCUGCAUUAAUGGUGCACAAAGAUCAGCAGCGCCAGUUGGAACGACUCCAGGAGCAGUUGAGGGUUCAACAAGCCCUCCUAGCCAAACACAAUAUCCACAGUCCCACGUCAACAUCAACAUCAACGUCAAGCCUCUACAACCGUCUGAAGCAGGAACAACGUUCAGCCAACAAACACCGCUUCCCCGGACACCACCACCACCAUUCUUCCUACGAUUCGAUCUCCAUUCCGUCCCAUACUAAUGUACAUAGUCCCCCUUACCACGACACUCCCGCUCUUGUCAUGCCCGUCACAGAAGACGACACUCCCGAAGACUGGUCCCAACCUUAUGACACAAUGGACGCCCCAAGUCUCAAUAUCCCCGCAGAUGAGGAAUACGGCAAAGAAACCGCUUUUCGGGAACGACUCUUGAGCUGCGGAAAACUAAAGUAUCUUCACCCCCCACAACAACAAUAAAAAAAAAUUUUAAAAAAAUACACACAUAUUUUUUCUCUCUCCUUUUUAUUAUAUCUACUCCCCCCCCUCCCCCCUUUUUUGUAUCCAAAUUACAUUCAAACAUAUCCAAGCAACCAAUACACUUUAAACACUUUAAACACUUUACAAUUCACCCUAUAUAUAUAUAAAUAUAAAAAACUUCAAACGCAUCUUCAUUCCCCCCUCCUUUCUUUCUUUCUUUCUUUCUUUCACUAUUGCCAUGGCAAUAAAAUGACAUGGUAAAUUUGAAGAAAAUAAUAGUUAAUGGUGGCAAUGAUAUCUGACCUUUCCAGCAAAAAGGCUCAAACUCAAACCUACUUUUCAUCAACCCAAACCCGAUCUGCAGAUCUGAUAUAUACAUAUAUUUAUAUUUAUAUAUUUAUUUUUGUGUUCGGUUAUGCUGUCUAUUUUCAUCACGUCUAAAGAUAACUCAAGAAUACAACAACAAUAAAAAUAUUAUUAUUUUAUUAAAUGGUA